AUGCAGCGGCGCGGCGCGGGGCUCGGGUGGCUCCGGUGGCCGCGGCGGCAGCAGCAGCAGCACCAACCCCCGCCGGCCGCUCUGGGUCCCCGGGCCGCAGCGAUGGUUCCCCGGGGCGCCCGGGUCCCCCCGGGGCUCGGCGGUCACCCUGCCGGCGCACUGCUCCUGCUCUGCUACCUGAAUGUUGUUCCAUCUUUGGGUAGGCAGACUUCCCUGACUACCUGGGUGAUGCCCAAAGCCGAGCAGAGCACGACUUACAAAGACUUUAUUUCUUUUACUGCCUUUGAAGGAAGCGUGCGCAACGUGUCUGAGGUCUCGGUGGAAUAUUUAUGCUCGCAGCCUUGCGUUGUCCAUCUGGAAGCCGUGGUUUCCUCCGAGUUCAGAAGUAGCAUCCCCGUGUACAAAAAACGGUGGAAGAACGAGAAGCAUCUUCACACCAGCAGGACACAGAUAGUGCGCGUGAAAUUUCCAAGCAUUAUGGUGUACAGAGAUGACUACUUCAUCCGGAACUCCAUUUCUGUCUCCGCGGUGAUACUACGGGGCUGGAUUACGCACCAACACCACGGUGGAGACUUGAAUGUUAAAUGGGAGGAACACUUGCUCCAUGCAGUGGCCAAGAAUUACACGCUGCUGCAUUCCAUCCCCCCUUUCCAGCGCCCCUUUAAAGACCACCAGGUGUGCCUGGAGUGGAACAUGGGCUAUCUUUGGAACCUUUGGGUGAACAGGAUUCCCCAGUGUCCUGUGGAGAAUGAUGAGGCUACCCUCCUUGCCUUUCCCUAUGCCUCCAGUGGAGAAAACACAGGCAUCGUGAAGAAGCUUCUGAGGUUUCAGAACCGAGAGCUGGAGGCCACCCGAUGCCAGCGGACAGACUACCCCGUGUUUACUGUUUCGUUGUGGCUUUAUUUACUCCAUUAUUGCAAGGCCAAUCUCUGUGGGAUUCUGUACUUUGUGGAUGCUGAUGAGAUGUAUGGCACUCCUUCCAUAUUCCUUACUGAAGAGGGUUAUUUGCAUAUUCAGAUGCACCUUGUCAAAGGAGAAGACCUGGCUGUCAAAACCAAAUUCACCUUACCUCUGAAGGAGUGGUUUCUCCUGGACAUAUCUUUCCAUGGAGGCCAGAUAAUGGUGACCACCAGCUUUGGCCAGGACUUGAAAAGCCAUCAUAAUCAGACCAUUAGCUUCCGGGAGGAUUUCCAUUACAAUGACACAGCUGGAUACUUCAUUAUUGGCGGGAGCAGGUAUGUGGCUGGUAUCCAAGGUUUUUUUGGACCUCUGAAGUACUAUCGCCUUCGAAGUCUCCAGCCUGAUCAGAUCCAUAAUCCCUUCCUCCAGAAGCAGCUAGCUGAACAAGUCAAGUUGUAUUAUGAACGAUGUGCUGAGGUGCAAGAAAUAAUAUCUGUGUAUACUUCAACAGCACAGGUGGGGCGAGAGAGGCAAGAAGCAUGUGGCCUCCACAACUCCUACCUGGACCUGUGGCGCAGGUAUGGGAGACCCUCGAUGUGCACCACUUUCCCCUGGGAGAAGGAGCUGAGAGGCAAACACCCCGGCCUGUUCCAGGUGUUGCUGGAGAUGGAAGUGCCGAGGAGCCAAAAUGAAUCUGUAUUAGAAAUCGGUGGGAAGAUAUUUGAGCAGGCUGUAAAGAGACUCUCCAGCGUGGACGGGCUUCACCAAAUUAGCUCGGUCGUCCCCUUCCUGAUGGAUUCCAGCUGCUGUGGAUACCAUAAAGCAUCCUACUAUCUCGCCGUCUUCUAUGAAACCGGAUUAAAUGUACCCCGAGACCCGCUGCAGGGCAUGUUAUAUAGUUUGGUUGGCGGCCAGGGCAGCGAGAGACUAUCUUCAAUGAAUCUUGGAUAUAAACACUACCAGGGGGUUGACAACUAUCCUCUAGAUUGGGAACUCUCCUAUGCCUACUACAGCAACAUCGCCACAAAGACCCCGCUUGACCAACACACACUGCAGGGAGACCAGGCCUAUGUGGAAACCAUCAGAUUAAAAGACGAUGAAGUACUCAAGGUGCAAACCAGAGAAGAUGGCGAUGUCUUUAUGUGGUUGAAACAUGAAGCCACCCGAGGCAACGCAGCAGCCCAGCAACGAUUAGCCCAGAUGCUAUUCUGGGGGCAACAAGGUGUGGCCAAGAACCCGGAAGCAGCCAUCGAGUGGUACGCCAAGGGGGCUCUGGAGACAGAGGAUCCUGCAUUAAUAUACGACUACGCCAUUGUGUUAUUCAAGGGUCAAGGAGUACAAAAGAACAGACGGCUUGCCUUAGAGCUGAUGAAGAAAGCAGCCUCCAAGGGGUUGCACCAGGCAGUCAAUGGCCUGGGAUGGUAUUACCACAAAUUCAAGAAAAAUUAUGCCAGAGCAGCAAAGUACUGGUUAAAAGCAGAAGAAAUGGGGAACCCUGAUGCAUCCUACAAUCUGGGGGUCCUAUAUUUAGACGGCAUUUUCCCAGGAGUUCCUGGAAGGAAUCUGACCUUAGCCGGGGAAUAUUUCCACAAGGCUGCCCAGGGGGGACACAUCGAGGGGACCCUGUGGUGUUCCCUCUACUUCAUCACUGGCAACCUGGAGACCUUCCCUAGAGAUCCGGAGAAAGCUGUCGUAUGGGCAAAGCACGUAGCUGAGAAAAAUGGCUACUUGGGCCACGUCAUUCGCAAAGGCCUUAACGCCUACCUGGAGGGAUCCUGGCAUGAAGCUUUACUGUACUAUGUGUUAGCAGCAGAAACUGGCAUUGAAAUAUCACAGACGAAUUUAGCCCACAUCUGUGAGGAGAGGCCGGACCUGGCUGGGAGAUACUUGGGUGUGAAUUGUGUCUGGAGAUACUAUAACUUCUCUGUGUUUCAGAUCGAUGCGCCUUCAUUUGCAUAUUUGAAAAUGGGAGACCUCUACUAUUAUGGCCACCCAAACCAGACCCAAGACUUGGAGCUGUCUGUGCAGAUGUACGCCCAAGCAGCCCUGGAUGGAGACUCCCAGGGAUUUUUUAACCUGGCCCUGCUAAUUGAGGAAGGUGCUAUAAUCCCACACCACAUUUUGGAUUUCUUGGAAAUUGACCCAACACUCCAUUCUAAUAAUGUCUCCAUUCUCCGAGAGCUGUACGAAAGGUGCUGGAGCCACAGCAAUGAGGAAUCCCUCAGCCCCUGUACCCUGGCCUGGCUUUACCUGCACUUGAGGCUUAUCUGGAGUGCCAUCCUGCACUCUGCCCUAAUCUACUUUUUGGGAACCUUCCUGCUGUCUGCGUUGAUUGCCUGGAUUGUGCACCAUUUCCAGUCUGUCUCUGCAGCCACUGGAUCCCCUCCAGCACCAGCCUGGGCCUCACCAGAGUCCACCAUGCCCACAGCAAAUCCAGCUGUGCCUCCAGCUGCAGAUAUCUCUAACCAGGACCAGCCCUCAAUCACUAACAACCCUGAGCCACACGGGUGAACUGUGUAUCCAGAUCUAUCUCCCCGGCCAAGAGAAAAACCUUUAUAACAGCUGGUACUGAAAGGCUGGGAGCUAGGGCAUUAUACUGACCAACACCUUAAAAGUCUUGUCAGCUGGAUACAGAUUUUUGCACUUGGUGUCUUGUUCUUUUCUUUUCUUCACUUUUAAUCAAAUUACAAGGAUGUUCCCAGAACAGACAGUUACCAGAGGUUAUCAAGAUCCAAGGAAUAUCUUGAUCAGAGAAGGAUCUGUAUAACCGGAUCAUCAUACACUUGUUCCUGGUGAUUGAUUGGGAGUCAGAGUUUGCCCUGUGUUACAGCAGGAUGCUUACACACAAGGAAGUGUCUUCAUCCUUUGUAUAUUCCCUUUUAUCAGAGAACAGAAAAUCCCAUAAUGUUUCCUUCCCAGUAUUUGCCAUAGCCCACUUGACAGAUUGCUCCUUGAUUUCCAAACACAAUAGUUAGAAGGCAUCUAGGAAUGAAUCGUGUGUGGCUAGAAAUACAAGGAAGGCGAUGGUUUUGUAAAUUGGUUUACAUUUUUUCCCCUUGAAUUUUUCUAAGGUCAUAGUGCUUUCAAAUCAUCGGAGGACAUUGUUUUAUGUUUCUAUUGCAGUCCCUAAAAGUAACAUCUAGCAAAUCCUUAGUAUUUAAGUGUAGUCCUUCUCCAUGAAUUACCCAUGAGGAUAGACUGGCGGCAAUGCAAUAUGCAGAAAACAAGCCUUUAGCUCAUAGAUUCAUUCCAGCCCCUCUAUGCCUGCCUGAGUCUGUAUAGGAGUGUGUGUGUGUGUGUGUGUGUGUGUGUGUGUGUGCGCGCGCGCGCGCGCGUGUGCGUGCAUGAGCAUGCACAUGUGUGUGUCGGUAUGUAUAUGUGUGUGCGCAUGCGUGUGUCAGAGGACAAGCAAGGGCAGAAUGUCUGACUACGGUAUGCUGCUAAGGUAGUAAAUAAAUCAGUAAUGCAAUAUUGUGGGUCCAAACUACUCUUUGCACUACUUUAUUUACAGUA